AUGGAGUUCAUGACCGCCCUCCGGGGUUCCUUCGACGACCAGAAACCGUCCCUGUUCGAGCUCAUCUCCGAGCAGCAGCUCAACUCGCUCCUCCCGCCGACGAUUCGUUACCUCCUCACCAUCGCGACCCAGCGCUACCCUCGAUACCUCCUGCGUGCCCUCAACUCCUUCGACGAGCUCUACGCCCUGUGCAUGCUUGUGGUCGAGCGCCACUACCUCAAGACCCGCGGCGGCAGCUUCACCGAGAACUUUUAUGGUCUCAAACGCGAAAAGGCCCUGCACGCCGAGAUCCCGCGCGCCAGCGCCUCCGCCCCGGGCGUUGUCCGGGACACGCUGAAGCUCAGCACGCGGGAUGUGUGGAUGAACCUCGCCGUCGUCGUCGGCAUUCCCUACCUGCGGCGGAAGCUCGACGAGGGCUACGAGGUCAACGCGCCGCGCGCCCUGCUCGGCGCGGCCUACACGCAGAUGCCGCCGAACCCGACGCUGAAGCAGCGCUUCCUGCACUACUACCGCUGGUUCCUGCGCAACGUCUACCCGAGCGUUAACGCGGCCUACUACUUUGCGCUGCUGUCCUUCAACCUGGCCUACCUGUUCGACAACAGCAAGUAUCACAACCCGUUCCUGUGGCUCAUCGGCACCCGCAUGCGGAGGAUGACGGGCGCCGAUUACCAGGCCAUCGACGCCCUGACGAGCGGCAAGCCGACCGGCAGCGCGAGAGCAGGAGCGCCCCCGGGGUGGCGGUCACUGUUCUCGCCGCGCGAGAUGGGCCCACGUCUGCUGUCCAGUCUGUCGAUGCUGCUGCCCAUGAGCAUUUUCGCGCUCAAGUUCCUCGAGUGGUGGCACGCGUCCGACUUUGCCAAGCAGCUCUCGCGCAAAGCGACGGAGACGCUGGAUCUCCCGCCACCCGUGGUCUCAGGUCUCGGGGGCGGCAAGGGAGGAGCUGGGGCCGAAAAAGAAAAGAGCAAGGCUAAGGAGAAGGCUGCUAGUGGUGGUAAUGACGACGAGGCCGCCACCGCUGUUCCAGCUGCCGAGACGGCGCCAAUCGCGACGCCAUCGCUACUGCCCAUCUACACGGUAGCCGCGCCCGAGGACUCGUCGCUGUGCCCGAUUUGCCAAGAUGCCAUCGUCACGCCAACAGCGUGUCAGACAGGCAUCGUGUACUGCUACACAUGCAUCCACCGCUGGCUGGAGGGUCUUCACCCCAUGCAGGAAGAUUUCAUGGGGGAUAAGGAGGGCAAGUGGGAGAGCGGGCAGGGGCGGUGUGCGGUCACCGGCCGACGCGUCCUGGGGGAUACGGAAGGGUUGAGAAGGAUCAUGGUGUAA